CGCAGAGGGUCGGCGUUGGCCGAGCCCUAUAAAUGGCCCUGGCGCCCAACGAUCGCGGCUCCCCGGGUGCAGAAGCCAGCGCCAGAUUGCGAAGCGCCGAGUCUUCAGGCGGAGACAAUGACCCAGCAGCCGUGGGGCUAUUCCAAGGAAAACGGGCCUGAUCGUUGGCAUGAAACUUACCCAUUGGCCAAAGGAAAUAAUCAGUCACCAAUUGCAAUCCUUACCAAAGAUGUCUUCAAAGACCCCGUUCUUCUACCUUGGUUUACAAGUUAUGAUCCAGGGGCAUCCAAGACCAUAACAAACACUGGAAAAACUUGCCGGAUCGCGUUUGAUGACACCUUUGAUCGUUCAGUAUUGAGGGGUGGACCACUCCCAGGAAUUUACAGGCUGCGUCAACUCCACAUCCACUGGGGUUCUACAGAUGACAAAGGCUCUGAGCAUGUUGUGGAUGCAACAAGGUAUGCAGGAGAGAUUCAUGUUGUGCAUUGGUAUUCAAAGUACAGUAAUUAUGCAGAUGCAGUGAGAAAACCUGAUGGUGUGGCGAUUUUGGCCAUUCUUAUACAAGUAGGGAAGACUCCCAAGCCAGAAAUGAAGAGAAUUCUUGAAGAAAUUAAUGCUAUUAAGACAAAGGGAAAAGAGGCUCCUUUUCAAAAUUUUGAUCCAUCAAUUCUUUUCCCUACAAACCGGAGCUAUUGGACCUACCAGGGCUCUUUCACCACACCUUCUUGUGAAGAGUGUGUUACCUGGAUUAUUCUGAAAGAACCUAUCAUCGCCAGUGAGGAUCAGAUGGAAAAUCUUCGUAGCCUUUCUAGCAAGACUGCAGAUGAACCCCACUGCCCUUUGGUGGAUAACUGGCGGCCUCUUCAGCCUCUCAAUAACAGGAUGGUGAGAACUCCAUGCCAGUAAAAGCUCCGUUGAAGUUCAUGGUCUUCAAAACUCAUGUUUAAUACUAUCUACUGUUGUUCAUCAGGAUCUGUGUUUCUGAGUCAGAAACUCUGGGCGUUGAAACAGGACCGGUUAUUAAAUCAGUCUAUUCUCUAGAGGGAAGAAAAGAUUGUGGGGCAAAUUGUAUUAAAACAGAGAAUCUAUGUAUGUAAUCUUUGUUUAUAGCAGAAUUUGUAUGAAUAAUUCUGGAGAGGAAAAGGGUCACCCAUAAUUUGCUUUCAAAGAUUAAAGAUCUCUCUCUCUCUCUCCCUCACUCACACACACACACAAUUAGUUGUUCUCAUUUUACUCAAAUGUAUUUUUCCAUCAGUGUAAAUGAGGGAUAUAGGAGCAUAGUAAAAAUUGUGUUUCUUUAUAGUAUUCAUGUACUAUGAUGGCAUCCAUAGAAAUCACUGAAAUGUACCAUUUCAAUAAUGGAAUUGUGACUUAAAAACAAACUCAAAUAACUAAUUAUAGUAAGACAUUUGUUCAAAUGGUAUAUAGAAUGAAUAUUUACUUUUAUUGUACAAGUGUAUGCAUUGUAUAAGUUUCAACUUUAAAACAAUUUCAUGCUGUGUGAUCUGAAAUUAUAGAAAUCUUUCAAACUGAAUAUGUAGCUAAUAAUUAGUCAAGAUCUUGUAUAAUGCAGUAAAUUGUAUAAAAUCAUGGCUGUUCUACAAAUUCCUGUAAAGAUGUAUCAAACAGACUGUUGAUUGAGGAAAAUCCCUUAAUGUUACACUUGUACUGUGCCAGAGAAGACUGUGCAUUUAUCCAAGGCUGCUAAUAGAAAUGGGUUGAAAUUUUGAUGGGGAAACCAUUUCACUUUUUAAAUACUUGGAUGAAUUUUGAAAUGGGAAUUUUUUUUUAAUAAAUUCGUACUUUAAAUGCCACCAUUACGAUUUUUGAAAUAGACUUUUUGUAUCUCUUUUUUCCAUUAUGUUUCAGUCAAUAAUUUACAGAUGAUAGAAUACACUCUGUUCCAAUUUUAACAUGUUUGUAUUGUUAUCAGAUUUCAAAAAAAUAAUAAAAACCAAGAAUUGGUAUCUGUGUAGUUCUAAAAUUAUAGUUUUUACAUCUGAAAACAUAGUUUCUUUGUUCCAAAACAUGAAAGGCAUUUUCAAAACUUUUAAUGAAAAUAAAUAACAGGCUUUUUACCACCUGAAGUUGUUAAUAUUUACCAAGGUAUUUUCUAGUGGUUAUUUUUUCUUUUUUGCAUUUAUCUUAUGCUUUGUAGUAGGAACAACUAAGAUAGCAUGGCAUAAUGGCAAUAUAUUGGCUUUUGUAAAAGAAUAAAUAUUAAUAAAUCUUAUUAUUCUGA